CUACUCAGCAUCAGACCAUGAGUGGCAAUAUUAGAGUGAAUCUGCUGCCACAAUAAAACACCUAAUCCCCUUCUUUCUAAAUGAAAAUUUUCGCAAAGUCUAAUGUCAAUAUGCACAAAAAGAUGUCUUUUCCUACUAGAAAAAUGCAAGAAUAUGAAGCAACUCAAACAAGCACAUGGACAAGUAAUCACAUGUGGACUUGGUAAAAAUAGCUUUGCCUUAAGCAGAUUAUUAGCUUUCUGUUCAAAUCCUAAUCUUGGUAGUCCAAAUUAUGGAUAUAAAAUAUUUGAACAAAUACAAGAACCCACAAUUUGUAUAUUUAAUACUAUGAUAAAAUCUUUUUUGCUCAAAGGUGAGGUAAACAGAACCAUAGAGAUAUACAAAAAUAUGUUGAAUAUUGGUAUGUACCCUGAUAAUUAUACACUCCCUUAUGUAUUAAAAGCUUGUGGUCAAUUAAAAAGUUGUUAUCUUGGAGAGUUGGUACAUGGGACAAUCUUGAAAUUUGGGUUCUUGAUUGAUACUUUUGUGGGUAAUACUUUAAUAGGUUUUUACACUGGUUUUGACAAUAUGGAAGCUGCAAGAUUUGUUUUUUAUGAGAUUUCUUCGAAAUGUGUUGUUUCUUGGACUGUUUUGAUAUCUGGUUAUGCAAAAAGAGGAGAUGUUUAUGAAGCAAGAUUGAUUUUUGAGGAAUGUGAAGUGAAAGAUAGAGGUGUUUGGGGUGCUAUCAUUUCUUGUUAUGUACAAAAUAAUUGUUUUAAAGAAGGGUUAAAAUUGUUUAGGCAAAUGCAAAUUACUGGGAUUGAACCUGAUGAGGCUAUUUUUGUCAGUGUACUUUCUGCUUGUGCGCAUUUGGGUUCACUUGACAUUGGAAUUUGGAUACAUAGAUAUGUAGAGAAGUUGAGAAUGGCUAUGAGUUUGAAAUUAGGGACUGCUCUUAUUGAUAUGUAUGCAAAAUGUGGUUGUUUGGAUAUAGCAGAGCAGUUGUUCGAUAAAAUGCCUCAAAAAGACCUUAUUUGUUGGAAUGCUAUGAUAUCUGGAUUUGCUAUGAAUGGAAACGGUUUAGAGGCAUUAAGUUUAUUUAAUAAGAUGAGAAGUUGUGGGGUUAGGCCGGAUGAUGUUACGUUCAUUUCGAUGUUCACUGCUUGUAGUUAUGCGGGGAUGGCAAAUGAAGGUCUAUAUUUGUUGAAUCUAAUGUGUAAUGUGUAUUGUAUCGAGCCCAAAGGUGAACAUUACGGAUGCAUAAUCGACGUUCUCAGUAGAGCCGGGCUGGUUGAGAAAGCGAAAAAUGUAGUCCAAAACAUGCCUAAUUCGAGCGUUCCUUCCGAAGAAGCAAUAGGGUGGCGAGCAUUAUUAAGCGCGUGCGGGAAUCAUGGACUCGUUGAUUUGGCUGAGGCUGCUGCCGAGAGAAUUGUGAAAUUAGAAAGGCAUAGCGGAGCAUACGUUCUACUCUCAAAUAUUUAUGCUGCAUCAGGUAAACACGACAACGCGAGAAGGAUAAGGAAGAAGAUGAAAAGCGAAUAUAUAGACAAGGUACCAGGUUGUAGCUCCCUUGAGAUUAAUGGUGUUGUUCAUGAGUUUAUUGCAGGAGAAAAAACUCACACUCAAUUGAUUCAAAUCCAUGAACUUUUGGAGACUAUUAGUAACAAUCAGUUGGAUAAUAGCGUACACAUCUUACAUGGCUCUGAUCAUUGAUACAUUUAUUCGUUGGUUUCUUGAAUUAUAUUUUUGGUUUCUCAAUUCAUUUUGUACAAUUUAAAUUGCUAAAAGUGCCUAAAAACCGAGUAACUUAAUCCCUUCAAUACUUGAAGAAAAAGGAUUUGAAUGUUGGAAGUUCCUUGUUUGCGAUUGGA